AUGAAUCCGGACGAGGAGGUCGAAUUCGAUCUGUCCCCGUUCGCCAUCGUGUACAAGAGCGGCCGCGUCCAACGCUCUGGUCUAACGUCGCGGAAGAGCGCCGGCACCGACGCCACCACCGGCGUCACUACCAGGGACGUGGUCAUCGACGCCGGCACAGGCCUCGCCGCGCGGCAAUUUCUCCCCAAGAGCGUCCCGGAGUCCCAGAAACUCCCCGUCCUCGUCUACUUCCACGGCGGCGCUUACGUCGCCGAGUCGGCCUUCUCCCUCAGGUACACCAGCUACGUCAACGCCCUUGUCGCUGCCGCCCGCGUCGUGGCCGUGUCGGUGGAGCACCGCCUCGCCCCCGAGCACCCUCUCCCCGCCGCCUACGACGACGCGUGGGCCGCGCUCCGCUGGACAGCGACGAGCUGCGUUUCGCCCGGCCCGGAGACGGAGCCGUGGCUGGCCGACCACGGCGACCCCACGCGCAUCCUCGUCGCCGGCAACAGCAGCGGCGGCAACAUGGCGCACAACGUGGUGAUGAGGGCCGGAAAGGAAGGGCUCCGGGGAGGCGCGCGGAUCGGAGGGAUGGUGCUGCUUCAUCCGCUGUUCUUGGGCAAGGCUCCGGUGCCGUCGGAAGGCACGGACUCCACGGAGACCGCCGAGAGGAACUGGCGGUUGGUCUGCGCCGGCAAGUACGGGCUCGACCACCCGUUCUCCAACCCGCUCGUGAUGCCGCCGGAGGAGUGGGCGGUGCUCGGCUGCCGACGGGCGCUGGUGACGGCGGCCGAGCUCGACCCCUCCAGGGACAGGGCGCGCAUGUACGUCGAGGCGCUCCGGCGCAGCGCGUGGGGCGGCGAGGAGGCCGCGCUGUACGAGACGGAGGGCGAGGGGCAUAUGUAUUACUUCUCGAAAGUCGCGAGAUCCAACCCCGUCGUGGCGGAGAAGGCGGCCAAGGAAAUGGCCGCCGUUGUGUCCUUCAUCAAGCGCGUUACAUGUACCAGUACAUCGGAUUGUAACAUUAGAUCUACAUUGUGAAUGCAAACCAGUCUUGCAGUUCGAUUA